AUGCUCUCCAAGAUGCAGCUCGCCCAGCUGGCCGCUUUCGCCAUGACCCUGGCCACCUCCGAGGCCGCCUACCAGGGUUUCAACUACGGCAACAAGUUCUCCGAUGAGAGCUCCAAGUUCCAGGCCGACUUCGAGGCCGAGUUCAAGGCCGCCAAGAACCUCAAGACCACCUCCGGCUUCACCUCUGCCCGUCUCUACACCAUGAUCCAAGCCUACUCCACCAGCGAUGUCAUCGAGGCCAUCCCCGCCGCCAUUGCCCAGGAUACUUCCCUUCUGCUCGGCCUCUGGGCCUCCGGUGGUGGCAUGGACAACGAAAUCACCGCCCUGAAGACCGCCAUCUCCCAGUACGGUGAGGAGCUUGGCAAGCUCGUCGUCGGUAUCUCCGUCGGCAGUGAGGAUCUCUACCGUAACUCCGUCGAGGGUGUCGAGGCCGAUGCCGGUGUCGGUGUCAACCCCGACGAGCUUGUCGCCUACAUCAAGGAGGUCCGCUCCGUCAUCUCCGGUACCGCCCUCGCCGACGUCUCCAUCGGUCACGUCGACACCUGGGACUCCUGGACCAACAGCUCCAACUCUGCCGUCGUCGAGGCCGUCGACUGGCUGGGCUUUGACGGCUACCCCUUCUUCCAGAGCAGCAUGGCCAACUCCAUCGACAACGCCAAGUCCCUCUUCGAGGAGUCCGUCGAGAAGACCAAGGCUGUCGCCGGUGACAAGGAGGUCUGGAUCACUGAGACUGGUUGGCCCGUCAGCGGUGACUCCGAGGGUGAUGCUGUCGCCAACAUCGCCAAUGCUAAGAAGUUCUGGGACGAGGUCGGCUGCCCUCUCUUCGGUAACGUCAACACCUGGUGGUACAUCCUGCAGGAUGCUUCCCCCACCACCCCCAACCCCAGCUUCGGUAUCGUCGGCAGCGAGCUCUCCACCACUCCCCUGUUCGACCUGUCCUGCAAGAACUCCACCACCUCCUCCUCGUCCGCCGUUGUCUCUGCUGCUGCCUCUUCCGCCGCCGGUAGCAAGGCUGUCGGUUCCUCCUCCGGUGCUCAGGCCUCUGCUACCCCCAGCUUCACCGUUGGCCGCCCCGGCGUGAACGGCACUGUCUUCGGUAACGGCACCUACCCCCUCCGCCCCAGCGGUUCCGCCUCUGCUCGUCCCUCUGCCGGUGCCAUCUCCAGCGGCUCUGGCUCCGGCUCCAGCGGUUCGGGCAGCUCUGGUAGCACCGGCACCUCGGCCACCUCCGGCCAGUCCUCCACCUCCGGCUCUGCGGCCGCUGGCUCUUCCUCCCCUGCUGCCUUCAGCGGUGCCAGCACCCUCUCCGGCUCCGUCUUCGGUGCCGUUGUGGCCGUCUUCAUGACCCUGGCUGCUUUGUAA